AUGUCGCACGCCAACCCGAAGGACAGCAUGCCUUACACUGAGGGCAGUGUGUCUCAUACUAACAACAACGACCUUCGGCUGUCUCCCGAAGCACUAGGAUCUCAAGCACAGUCAUCAUUUGCAGAGGCUCAACAGAGACAGAAGAUCUCCAAACUGGAGAGUAAACUCCUGGUCUUGGAGUUGGGGCACAUAGUAAAAGAGAGUCGAAUUACUAUUUGGCCCAAGGAUAAGGCCUCAGAGGGCUACAUUGUGACAGACCUCUCUUUUCUGGCCUUUGUGUAUGAAAAGUACACUGCCAACACAGACAAUUUAGAAGAAGGCCUCUUUAAGGGCAAAAUUUUACUACAGGGCUACAAAGCUAUAUUCACAUCUCCAUCCUCAACAAAAGACAUUGAGGGCAAUGGUGACGGCACAGAUGUCAUUGCCAACAACCAACAUGCUAAACAGUCGUUCUGCAGAAUAAAAGUCAAGAAAUAUGUUGCACAAAUCAUCAAGAUGGAUAAAGUCACACCUCGCUCGAUCACAUAUGUUGCCUGUCAAGUAGAGGGCGAAAGGGAAUGCGAGAAUGACGAGGAUGACAAGGUUACCUCUUGGUGGUCCAUUGACAAUGACUUUGACUAUAUUCAAUUCUGGUGGUCCAUUGUGGACCUCUUCGAGAAGCCCCCUGGUCGAGAAGCACAAUUUAGAGUCAAUAAACUCCUUGAGUGGUGGACAAGGAAGGUUUUUGGAAGGAGUCGCCACAAGGAUCUUAGCAACAUGGCAAAGGCCAGCAUGUCCAUCAAUGCCCUCGCAAGUCAGAGGGCACAGAUCGAUGAUGCCGCUUUCGAUUCAAACUAG